AUGAGGUUGGGAGUGCUUUUAGCCGUAUUUUGUGCAAUCGCUUUGGCGGAUCGAGUCUUGGUGCUUGUAGAUGACAUCAAGAUAAAAGAGACACAUUCUAUUUUUCUGAAGAAUCUUGAAGAUAGAGGCCACAAAGUAACGGUGAAGUUGGCUGAUGACAACACCCUUUCCGUGUUCAAGUUUGGCGAACUUGCAUAUGAAAAUCUUGUGCUUUUUGCUCCAUCAGUUGAACAGUUUGGCGGGUCACUUUCAUCAGAAGAAAUCUCGCAAUUUGUGGAUGCGGGAGGAAAUGUUUUGGUUGCCGGCGACUCAAACAUUGGAGAAGCUAUUCGAGAUAUUGCCGCCGAUCAUGGUUUUGAAUUCGAUGAGGCUGAUACUUCUGUCAUUGAUCACUUCAACUAUGAUGUCAACUUGGAUAAUGGAAAACACACAACUAUUGUCGCAGAUAAGAAACAACUAACGAAGACGGCGUUGGUUGUUGGAGAUACCUCUAAGCUAAACAGCAUUCUAUUCAAGGGAGUUGCUUUGGUUGCCGCUAAGAAGAAUAAACUAAAACUUGAUGUGUUGACUGCUUCCUCAACUGCUUAUUCGUUCAAACCCGAUGCACCAAUUGACGAGUAUCCGGCAGCUAUUGGUAAACAGAUAUUAUUGAUCUCUGCACUUCAAGCUCGUAACAAUGCUCGUGUUGUCUUCUCGGGAUCACUUGCUCUCUUUUCCGACGCUUUCAUCAAAGCUUCAGUGCAAAAAGCCAACGGACAAGACAAGCAAACUCCAUCUGGUAAUGCAAAACUCAUUGACAGUUUGACCCGUUGGACUUUCAAGGAAAGCGGCGUUUUGCGAGUUAAGAGCGUUCGUCAUCAUAAGGUUGGUGAGAAAGUGCCUCCACGUGAAUACACCAUCACGGAAGAUGUGAAAUACACAAUCGAGAUUGAGGAACUUCAAGAGGGCAAAUGGACACCUUUCAAAACGAGAUUGGCCUUGAUAAAGUCAUCGUUGAACUUCUUGACUUGUUCCGCAUAUUUCCCUUCGGUUCUAAGC